CUAAGUGUUACAGGAGUAGCGUAAAUGCAUGGAAAAUAAAUACACGCUAUAACAAAUGUCUUAAAUAACCGCUUUCGUGUGCCUUUACUUUAAAUGAGGACACUACACUAAUCACGCAAAGUCUUUGGAACUUUAUGAAAACAUUAGAAUCCAAAAGACAAGAAAAUCGUUACAAAAACUCGGGGGCAAGCUAGUAAACUAAGCUAAAGCAAAUAUGUUUAUUUAUCUCAGUAAGAAGAUUGCCAUUCCAAACAAUACAGUUUUAAAAUGCAUGUCCUGGAACAAAGAUCAGGGUUUCAUCGCUUGUGGAGGAGAGGAUGGACUUUUGAAAGUGCUCAAACUUGAGAAUUACACAGAUGAUGCUAAACUGAAAGGUCUGGCUGCUCCUAGCAAUCUGUCCAUGAAUCAGACACUGGAGGGCCACAGUGGUGCAGUACAGGUUGUGACGUGGAAUGAACAAUACCAGAAAUUGACCACCAGUGACCAGAAUGGGCUCAUCAUUGUUUGGAUGCUUUACAAAGGAUCAUGGUAUGAAGAGAUGAUUAAUAACAGGAAUAAGUCUGUGGUGAGGAGCAUGAGCUGGAACGCUGAUGGGCUAAAGAUCUGUAUUGUGUAUGAGGAUGGUGCUGUGAUUGUGGGCUCAGUGGAUGGAAACAGGAUCUGGGGUAAAGAACUGAAAGGGACUCAGUUGGCACAUGUGGCCUGGUCUCCUGACAGUAAGAUCCUGCUUUUUGGAAUGGCCAAUGGAGAGAUCCACAUCUAUGAUAACCAGGGAAACUUCAUUAUGAAGAUGACCUUGAGUUGUUUGGCAAAUGUAACAGGUGCCCUCAACAUAGCAGGUAUCCAUUGGUACCCUGGCACAGAGGGGUAUCUGGAGCCUGACUGCCCCUGCUUGGCACUUUGCUUUACCAAUGGGCACUGCCAAGUGAUGCGGCAUGAGAGCGAUGACAAUCCUGUUAUUAUUGAGACAGGCAUGUGGUAUGUGGCCAGUAUUCAGUGGAAUCAAUGUGGCAGUGUUCUGGCUAUAGCAGGAUCACUCAGAAACAGUGGAGCAGAGAAAGACAUAAACAUUGUUCACUUCUACACCCCGUUCGGAGAACACUUGCGGACUCUGAAGGUUCCGGGUAAGCAGAUGACUUCUGUAUCAUGGGAAGGUGGAGGACUCAGAAUCGGCCUGGCUGUAGAUUCCUACAUUUACUUUGCUAAUAUUCGGCCAGACUACAAGUGGGGUUACUGCAGUAACACGGUGGUGUAUGCAUACACGCGUCCUGAUAGGCUGGAGUACAGCGUGGUGUUCUGGGACACUAAGAAUAAUGAGAAGUUUGUGAAAUACGUCAAGAGUCUCAUGUCCAUCACCACCUGUGGUGAUUUUUGCAUCCUGGCCACCAAAGCGGAUGAUACACACCAACAGGAAGAAACAGAGACUGAGGCUGGAUCUGGGCUGUAUGUCCUGGUGUUGUGUAACUCAAUUGGAACCCCACAGGACUCCAAAUACAUUGACACUGACCCCCUGUUCGUGACUAUGACAAAAACCCAUGUGAUCGCUGCAUCUAAGGAGGCGUUUUACAUUUGGCAAUAUCGUGUUGCCAAGAAACUCACUGCUCUUGAAAUCAACCAGGUCGCAAAGACCAGAAAAGAAGGUCGAGAGAGGAUUUAUCACAUGGAUGACAGUCCAAGUGGAACAUCGGAAGUGACACUGAACAAUGCCAAGGCUUUCACAGCCACCAGAGAUCCAAUCUGCUGCAUAACAGCUUCAGACAAGAUGCUUAUAGUGGGUCAUGAGUCUGGCAUCUUGCAGAGGUACAGCCUGCCCAACAUCGGCCUCCUGCAGAAAUACUCCCUCACCACCAGACCAUAUCAGGUGUCUCUCAACUGUAACUCCAGCCGUCUGGCUAUUAUAGACAUUACAGGCCUGUUGACGUUUUUAGACAUAGAGAUGAGGGCUUCUUCAGGUGACACAGAGGGUGGUGGGUCCACAGCCGGAGACCCUUCUAAAUUCGAGCGCAAGGAUGUCUGGGAUAUGAAAUGGGCCAAUGACAACCCAGAUCUGUUCUCCAUGAUGGAGAAAACCAGAAUGUAUAUCUUCAGAAACCUAGACCCUGAGGAGCCAGUUCAAACGUCUGGCUUCAUCUGCCACUUUGAGGAUCUGGAGAUCAAAUCUGUUCUUUUGGAUGAGAUUAUGAGGGAUCCAGAGGUUCCGAAUAAAGAUUAUUUAAUAAACUUUGAGAUUCGCUCACUGAGGGACAGCCGGGCACUGAUUGAGAAGGUUGGAAUUGAAGAUGCUUCUCAGUUUAUAGAGGACAAUCCCCACCCACGUCUCUGGCGUCUGCUGGCAGAAGCAGCUCUGCAGAAGCUGGACUUGAAGAUGGCUGAGCAGGCGUUUGUGCGCUGCAGAGACUACCAGGGCAUUGAAUUUGUGAAGAGGCUGAGCAAUCUGCAGAGUGAAGCCAUGAAACAGGCUGAGGUGGCUGCUUACUUCAGCAGGUUCGAAGAGGCAGAGAGGAUGUACCUGGACAUGGACCGGAGGGACUUGGCGAUCAGUUUGCGAAUAAAGCUAGGUGAUUGGUUCCGAGUUCUGCAGCUGCUGAAGACAGGGUCAGGUGACUCAGAUGAUGCUCUGUUAGAGCAGGCCUACAAUGCCAUCGGAGACUACUUUGCAGACAGACAGAAAUGGUUGAAUGCAGUACAGUAUUAUCUGCAGGGUCGUAAUCAGGAACGUCUGGCUGAAUGUUAUUAUAUGCUGGAAGACUAUGAUGGUUUGGAGAAACUGGCUAACUCGCUACCUGAGAACCAUAAACUGCUACCAGACAUUGGCCAGAUGUUUGUUAUGGUGGGAAUGUGUGAGCAGGCAGUUAGUGCAUUUUUGAAAUGUAACCAGCCCAAAGCAGCUGUGGACACCUGCGUGCAUCUAAACCAGUGGAACAACGCUAUUGAACUUGCCAAAAACCACAGUUUGAAGGAGAUUGGCCCUCUGCUGUCUAAAUAUGUCUCUCACUUGCUGGAAAAAAACAAAACAUUAGAGGCUGUGGAGCUGUACAGGAAAUCCCAUCACUUCCUGGAUGCUGCUAAACUCAUGUUUAAGAUUGCUGAAGAAGAGGCGAAAAAGAGAACAAGACCAUUGCGAGUGAAAAAGCUGUAUGUGCUCGCUGCUCUGCUGGUGGAAAACUUCCACACUCAGAUCAAAAAUUCACAGCAAAGCAAAACCAAGGGCAAGAAAUCAGAGGCCACCAGUGCAUUAGCAGGGCUGUUAGAGGAAGAUGAGUCGUCUUCAGACAGCCGAAUACUGGAUGAUGCCUGGCGUGGGGCAGAGGCCUAUCAUUUCUUCCUGCUCGCACAGAGACAGCUAUAUGAUGGCAAGGUGGACGCAGCCAUGAGAACAGCUCUUCAUCUCCGUGAUUAUGAGGAUAUUAUCCCUGCUGUGGAGAUUUACUCUUUGCUAGCAAUCUGCUCCUCUUCCAACUGUGCAUUCGGUACAUGCUCAUGUGCCUUUAUCAAGUUAGAGUCUCUGGAAACACUGACUCCAGAUCAGAGGCAACUUUAUGAAGACCUGGCCCUGGAGAUCUUUACCAAACACAGCCCUCGAGACAUCCGACAAAGCCAGCGAGACGGCCUCAAUGACGGGCCGGAAGGAAAGUUACCUACCUGUAUCGUGACAGGAAGAGUGAUAUCUGAGUAUCAGUUCUGGUUGUGCAAUGUGUGUAAGCAUUGUGCUUCAGAACAGGAGAUUACACAACACAACUUCUGUCCUCUCUGCCACUCUCCAGUGGCAUAAACUGGGCAAACCCUGUGUCCUUUUCAAUGCUCAUCUCUUGCUUUGCUAAAUGCCACAUAGGGCACAAUGAAAUCUGCCAUAGUGUUAAAAUGUAUAAAAUUUAACAUUUGGAUUUUCAAAGGAAUGUAUUUAUGAAUUGAGCCUGUUUUGUACGCCAAUUUCAUAUAUUUAUAUGUAGAUUUACAUUAUUUACUUUAAAUACAAAUAUUUUACAUAUAGUGCAAAGAAAUAUUGUUUUACUGUUUGUAGAAUUAUGAAUGAUUCAUCUUAGAUCUGGGUAACAUACUGUAUAUGUGUAAUUAUAUGCCACAAAUCCCCAAAGAAGCUGAAGACAAACAUACUGCUCCAAUAAAUGCAUUUUGUA